AUGAAAAUCAUCCAGUGCAAGGUGCUGGUUAGGCAGGUUGGGGACGCCUUUGCCCAGUUGCACAAGCACAUGCAUCCAAAUGUGCCAGACCAAAAAACUCACAUACAGGUGUACUCCAAGAGUGGCUUCCAAGCCAGUGGUGGUCACUUCUCAGGAUUUUUCGAUUCUUCAUUUACUCCGUACUCGCCCGGUGUGUCACUGUCAAGUCUGGAUGGCAGUGGACUUCGAUCCAGACUUUCACUCUCAUCAUUAUUAAGAUCCCCUUCCCCAUCUGACAAGAUGACAGACUUACAGUCCUUGUCAAUGUACCUAAAGGAGCAGGAUGAGAAAGACUACAAGGCAGCUCUCAGUAAGUCCGCGAAUAUUCACUUGAUCACUAUGUCACUGAACAGUUCAUCAUUCUGGAGUUACGGCCGUCCCAGCCUGGAUCUGAUCCGUAAAAACCAGUACCAGCUCGCCAGUCGAUCCUCACAGAGCCAUACAGCGCGGACAGAUGAUAGCGAUAAUAUGGGAGAAGAGGUCUGGAGGCCUCUGGGAGUGACAGAUGACAACCUGUUCCUCUGGAUUGAGCGCCUCAGAAAGGUCUGUAUGACAUGUGCAAUGAUUCUUCUUUAUAUUGACCAUCAUUUAAAAAAAUUAGGCAGUGAAGAUACAGAAAUUGGGGAAGUUGGUGUGUCAACAUUGAAACAGCUGGCUCUGACCAAAAUCACACAUAUACCAACCCUCAGUAUGAUGGUCCCCUAUCUAGACUGCACAUCAAAUCAGGAGUACCUGGUCAAGAGGAUUAAAGUAGCUCAGUGGGCAACAAUAAGAAAAAUAAAUUCACCAAACGCAUUUGAUGGGUGUGUCAGCGAGUUCUUGUGGAAUCAAGGCGGUGGUGGGGGCCAGUACGGGAAACCAUGGAGCGAACACUUGCCCACAGAUACUCAGUUGGUGAUGCACAUGUUCUGCACGUACCUGGAUUCCCGGCUACCCCCAGACCUAAGGUACCCCGAUGGGAAAACGUUCACCAGCCAACACUUCCUUAAGACUCCAGACAAACCUAACCAAGAGGAGGAUAACUUACUGCUAUACCAGACCAGCAUUAACCCACCACAUUUCCAAGUGGUCAUUAAAGACACUGUGUUCAACCUGCCCAAGGGUAGAAACAACAUGUCCCAUGCCAUCCUGUUUUUCCUGUACCACAUACAGCACAAGGAAAAUGGAAUGUUAGAGAGAGCAAAUCUUGGAAUGUCUGGGGUCAACCUACUAUGUGUCCUGGACAGAUGAACGUUAGGGGAUCAUUGGCCUUUAAGGGAGAUAACUCUUUACAUGGAUAAUGGGGAUAACUCUCGACAUGGUAGUGGUGUUUGCCUGUUUAAUGGUGGUUAAAGUUAUAUACCAUCAUUUAUGAUGACUGGAGCUACGAGAUAUUGUGAAAAAGUGUUUAGAAAAGGGCGAACUAGUGAGACAUUCGUGAACAAGUUUUAACACAAUUAAAUGGACAACUUUUUUUGUAAAUAAGAAUUGAUGCUUAGUUGCUUCGAAACAGUAAGUUUAUAUAUGUUAUUUUAUUAUUUUAAAUUAUGCAACAUAGUAUCAUUGACUUCAUUUUGUGUUUUUUUUUAUCUUAAACUUGAAAAUAAAAAAAGUUGUAAAAAUGGUAUAUCUGUGAGAGUGCAGCUUUAAACUUGAUUAAAACUAUUUGUAAUAAAAAACAAAAACCAUC